AUGGAUUUUCAAAAAGCUGAUCAAUUAUUACAAUUAUUAUACGUUGGUGCUAUUGGUAGUGUUGUUUUAGCUAAAUUUUAUCCUAAAUUAAAUGGGUUUUUAAAAUAUGGUAAAACUUUACAAACUAAUGAUCAAUCUGAAGAUAACAAACAACAAGAAGAAAUUAAAAAUGAUAAAUUAGUUGAACCAAUUUUAAAAAUUCAAACACCAAAAUCAUGGUUUUAUCAUUUUUAUAUUAUUUCAUUAACUUUAUCAACUAUAAGUUUUGGUUUAUUACAUUAUAGUUUAGAAACCAAAGAUGAAUCAUUUGUUAAAUUUUUCCAAAAUUCAUAUGGUUCAAUAUCACCAAGAAUCUCAAGAUUAGGUUUUUUCUUAAUUGCGGUUCAUUCAUUUAGAAGAUUAGCUGAAAGUUUAUUCAUUUUUAACUAUGGUAAAGAAUCUAAAAUGAAUAUUUCACAUUAUUUAGUUGGAUUAUUUUUCUAUUCAGCAAUUAAUAUUUCAUUAUUAUUAAAUACAUCUUUCAACUCAUCAGAAUUUCAGAAUGAACCAGAAUUAGAUUUCAAAUUAUUUGCACCAUUGUUUUUAUUCCUAACAGCAUUUUCAGAUCAAUUUUUAAAUCAUUUCCAUCUUUCCAAAAUUGUUAAAUAUAAUUUACCAAGAUUUGGAUUAUUUCAAUAUAUUUGUUCAGCUCAUUAUUUUGAUGAAAUUUUAAUUUAUUCAUCAUUAUAUUUAUUAUUAGGUACAACAACAUCAUUAUUUAGUUUAGCUUUUGUUAUUGUUAAUUUAACUGUUUCAUCAAUUGAAACUAGAAAUUAUUAUAAAGUUAAACAUGAAACUGGUAAAAUUCCUAGAUGGAGUAUUAUCCCAUUUGUCAUUUAG